GGGUUUUAAGAAAUUGGAGUUCAUGAUAUGGUAUUUGGUAUUCUGGACGAUCUUCAUAACAAUGGGGAACUUUCAAUUUGGAUAUGUUAACCAUACAAUGAGUGUUCUAUGGGACUUGACUCCCUGAAUAUACCACUUCGACCAAGAAGACAGGAGAUCUUAUAACACGGUAGCAAGUUUUGUCUUUCCAAUAAUGUCAGCUUUGGGUGGUGCUUUUUCCUGGAAACUUUCAAGAUAUGGGAAAAGGAAAGCCUUGCUGAUAUCUGCAGCCAUUUGAAUAAUCGGAGGUUGCCUGCUCCUUAUAAGAUCCCAUCAUGCAAUGAUCAUCUCAAGAGCGAUCAUUGGCCUUGGGUUCGGAAUUACCAACGCAGUGGCUCCGCUUUUUGUAUUUGAAAUAGCACGGGCGCAAUACAUAGAGUACCUAAUAGUAUGAGUUCAGGUUUGGCUGAACAUUGGGUUCUUGAUCCCUCUGAUAUUUCGAGAAUUUCUACCUCUUUACGAUAUCCCAGAUGUUAUUGAUGUAAACUAUUGAUUAUAUAUCCACGAAGAUGACAUCUUGUGGAGGGAGAUGUACUCGAUCAUUCCUGUAGUCUCAGGGCUCCAGUUUCUUGCCCUAUUGGUCCUGUUUAGAAAGGAAAAUCCAGUUUAUCUAGAACAUGUGCGACCUCGAAAUGAUCUAGUGUCUUCAGGGUCAGAAGAGAUCGGAGGGGGAGCUAUAAUUACGAGGAUUAAUAACUCUCUUGAGGUACAGCAGUCUUUUGAGAAGCCUAGAACCUCUAUGGAAAAGGACACCUGGCUCAACCUUUGGGAGAUAUCAAUGAGGAAGAAAGUAAUCGCUUGAGUAAUUAUCAGAUCUUUUCAGCAGCUAACAGGUGUAAAUAUAAUCCAAAACUAUGCUUUAUCAUUUUUCUUCCAUACUGAUGCCACUUUUCUGAAUUUAAGAUUUCUCUCAUUCGCUACUAGCUUGGUGAUGUCAGUGGUAGCCAUCAUUUUUCUCAAGAAUUUUGGUAGGAAAACCUUAUUCCUAUAUGGGUUGUUGAUUAUCUGCUUGUGCUGUUGAGUUCUGUUCCAGCUGACAGACCAACUAACUGUUGUUAAUGCAAGAGUGCCGAUAAUGAGAAGCAUCUCAAACUUCUCAUCCUUUAUAUUUAUAGUGCUAUUUAUGUUCACAUUCUGGUUCACGCUCUCAUCAGGACCUCUGAUGUACAGUGCUGAGCUACUGACUGAUAAAGGGAUGGCAGUGGUGACAUUCUUCCAUUGGGCUUUAAACUCAUUAAUGAGGAUCUUGCCGAUUCUUAAUAUUGCGAUUAUUGAUCUAUUUGGAGUUAUCACCAGAUUUCGGACGGCUAACUCUAUUUUUCUAUUUAUUUUCAGUGGGAUGUCCAUGCUUGGGUUCAUCUGAACUACUCUAUAUUUAAGAGAGACUAAAGGACGAACUAAGAAAGACAUCACUCAAGACUUUAAAAACUCAACUUUCAAUGCAGAAGAAAGUCAUAUUUUUAGAAAGUAAAGUUGUUUUAGAAGAUUUCAUGAGAGCUAUCAGACCGCAUAAAAGGAAAUUUAAUUUGAGAAAUUUAUGACAGAGAAAAGAUGCAAUAUAAUUACAGCAAGAGAGCUGUAUUUAGCAUCAUGUUCACUCUCAUAAUCAGAUUUCCUCAUGUUUUCUCUCAAAUUUAACCUAUUUCCAUUGCUGAAUCUCCCAUAAUAAUAUGAAAUUGAUAUAAUUUUCAACUUUAU